AUGCAUGGCGUGGGAUUGCAGUUCGGGCGAGAAGAGCCGCCCAAGAAAAAGGGCAAGGGGAACUUUAUUCGCAGAAUGACAACCCUUCGACGCGGAGCUCCAAGUCAGGGGAGAUCGGCCAUGCUCCAAGCUGCCCUUAUGUCGGCUGGGAUGGGUGGAAAUAUACGCCCACAUUUUACCUGCCAUGACUCCAUCAGAAGACACAUCCUCUACGUCUACAACAUCGCACGAGGGUCCGAAAAGACACUAAGAAGAGAAAAGUUCGAGGCCUUUCUCAAGGGAACACAAGGCGCCUUGUGGGUGGAGCCGUUGACCCAAGAGUCGUACUCUUUCCAAGACUUCUUUUGGGUAUGGAGUCAAAAUGAGUCCGCGUGGUCUGCCGUGAGGAGGCAUGAGGAAUUAGACGCCUCAAAACCGAUCAGCAACUACUUCAUUAGCAGCAGCCAUAACACAUAUCUGGAUGGUAAUCAGCUCUCGUCCAACAGCACGGCUGAUGCCUAUCGCGAGGUUCUCAGCAACGGUUGCCGUUGCAUAGAGAUUGACGUCUGGAACAAUCCCAACUCCCGUAGUACCUCCCGAACACCCUCCAAAUCGCCACAAAUGGAACACCGGCGUCAGUUUUCAUCAAACUCAAUACCGCGAAUUGCCGCUGAAAGGCUCGAUGCCCUCAUGAGCAGACACAGCCGUAGCCCUAGCGCCCCCCAAGGCGCCUUCUCAUCGCUCGAAUCCAAGCACAGCCGGAGUCCAAGUGCCGCCCAAACCACCUUUUCAACUCUAGAAACGCGGGAAAGCUCUACCACCCUCGAUCCGCGAGACCUCGUCGGAAGCCGAUCCCGGGCCUCCUCUCGCUCCAAGGAGGACAAAUUCAACGGUGAGCCCGUCGUCCACCACCACGGCACCAUGACCUCCAUGAUCAGCUUCCGCGAAGUCUGCAUCGCCGUCCGCGAAACCGCGUUCCAAAGGAACCCCCUGCCCAUCAUUGUCUCCCUCGAAGUUGGCGCCGACAAGGAACACCAAGAGAUGAUGGUCCAAAUCAUGAAAGAAGAGUGGGACGGCUACCUCCUCGACAAGCCAUUCGAUCACAUCGACCACAUUACACAACAACCAAGGCUCAACGAACUCUACAACAAAAUCCUCAUCAAAGUCAAGCGCAUAUCUGACAAGCAAGUCGAAGACGAGAUUGAGCGCGGGAGGAAGCUCGGAAUCAGCUCCAUCAGAGCCAAACCACCCAUUACCAAGCCCCUGGCCGACCUGGCGAUCUACACCCACAGCGAGCACUUUGACGACCACCAGUCCCUCCACUCCCGCACCCCAUCCCAUAUCUUCAGCCUCAGUGAAGACUGCUUCCACGCCUUGGCUCACGACGCUACCAAAAUCCGAACUCUCCUCUCACACAACCGCGACUUCUUCAUGAGGAUAUACCCCAAGGGUCUCCGCGUAGACAGCAGCAACCCCGACCCCUCUUUCCACUGGAGAAGGGGGGUCCAAAUGGUAGCCAUGAACUGGCAGCGCACCGACGAAGGGAUGAUGAUCAACGACGCCAUGUUUGCGAACACUCACGGCUGGGUGUUGAAGCCCCCAGGACUGUUGAGUGACGAAAACGUUGACGUGGAGAACAUCCCCAGGCGAACAUUGGAUUUGCGAAUUACCGUCCUGGCAGGGCAGGCAAUUCCCUUACCGCGGGACAGGAGGCAGUUAGGCGGGGUGGGGGUGAUGGGGGAUAGGAAAUUCAGGCCGAUGGUGAAGGUUGAACUGCAUGUGGAGAAGCAAAAGGGGGGGAAUCAGGAUUUGGUCAAGGAGACGGUGGUGGCGGAGACGGAUAAUCCUGACUGGGGGUAUGACAGCAAGUCGUUGGACUUUUUUGAGGUGAAGGAUGUGAUUGAGGGGUUGAGUUUUGUGAGGUACGCUUUUUCUUUCUUUCGGGGGAAACCGAAGGAGAGGAAUUUUCCUCUGCGGCUUUCCGUCCUGGCCGGCCGUUGUCGUUUGCACAUCACGGAAGCCGGGCGCGUUCGGAAUUGUGCAGCACAGAAUGAGGCCAGAACAAGUCCGGGAGAGGCUGGGCGGAGCGGGAACCGGCGAGAUGAACGACAGACGGGGGGCAUACGGAAGACGAGAAAAAAACAAUUUUCUUUGCUUCUGACCGCCUCGCCGUCAUGUCACGCAACGGACAACCGCCUCCCGCUCCGUUCCGGAAACCACACCGCUUCUCAUCCCGCCCAUCUCUCCUCCAUCCGCGACAACCUCAUGGCUUGGGCCUGCAUCCGCCUUGACAGGCUGCAGACCGGGUACCGGUGUAUUGACCUGCUGUCCAAGACUCGUCGAAAGACGGAGCACGCGAAGUUGUUGGUCAAGGUUGAGAAGGUUUUUCGGGCUGAGACGCCUGCGUAA